GCCGCGCCGGAAGUUCCCGGCCGGGCCUGGCGGUAACCUUGGAGGCCUCCCCGCCGCUACUGCCAGGUUUCGCUUUGCGAGUCUGAGCUUCAGCCAGCCUUGGCUCGAUAGCUACCUUGCGCCGCUGCGAUUGUGCGCUGAAGGCCGCGGGGAGCAGGCAGCGGGGCGCAGGGCUGCCCAGCCGACAUGUCUUUAGUGGCGGAAGCCUUCGUCUCUCAGAUCGCAGCUACAGAACCUUGGCCUGAAAAUGCUACAUUAUAUCAGCAACUGAAAGGGGAGCAAAUUUUGCUUUCUGACAAUGCAGCUUCUCUUGCUGUGCAGGCCUUUUUGCAGAUGUGUAAUCUGCCCAUCAAAGUGGUUUGUAGGGCAAAUGCAGAACAUAUGUCUCCAUCUGGUAAAGUACCAUUUAUUCAUGUGGGAAAUCAAGUAGUAUCAGAACUUGGUCCAAUAGUUCAAUUCGUUAAAGCCAAGGGCCAUUGUCUUAGUGAUGGGUUGGAUGAAGUCCAAAAAGCAGAAAUGAAAGCUUACAUGGAAUUAGUCAACAAUAUGUUGUUGACAGCAGAGUUAUAUCUUCAGUGGUGUGAUGAAGCUACAGUAGGGGAGAUAACUCAUGCUAGGUAUGGCUCUCCUUACCCUUGGCCUCUGAAUCAUAUUUUGGCCUAUCAGAAACAGUGGGAAAUCAAACGGAAGAUGAGAGCUAUUGGAUGGGGAAACAAGACUCUGGACCAGGUCUUAGAAGACGUUGACCAGUGCUGUCAAGCUCUUUCUCAAAGACUGGGAACACAACCAUAUUUCUUCAAUAAGCAGCCUACUGAACUUGAUGCAUUGGUAUUUGGCCAUCUCUACACCAUUCUCACCACACAGUUGACCAAUGAUGAACUUUCUGAGAAGGUGAAAAACUAUAGCAACCUCCUUGCUUUCUGUAGAAGAAUCGAACAGCACUAUUUUGAAGAGCGUGGUAAAGGCAGGUUGUCUUAGAGUUGUAUGUUAAUUUAGCUAUUAUUUUUUAAAAAUUCUAACUUUUGAAAUAUGUGUUACUUGAAUGUUAGAUACUGGUAUCAAAAUUUAAAACCAAAAACACUUUCUUUGAAACCUCCACAAAAAGUAUAUAAUGUAUUCUAUUCAUGUUCUUUAUACUGUUAUUUGUGUAUACAUUAUUUCAUUAUUAUUUCAUUUGAUAUAUUGUACUCUAUAUCCUGAAAUUUUUGUUUCCUUAUAAGCUUAUAAAAAUAAAGCUUGAAGAAUUGCAA